AUGGACACCAUCGCAAGGGAUUACAUGACCGCAAAUGUACUCGAACAACAGGGAGAUGGUGGCCCUGAGGGUGUCGUACUCUUCCAGAUCUUUGGCUACGGCUGUGUCCCCUCCUUCGCAUUAUCGACGGGCCUGUCUAAGGUCUCGGUACUCUACUAUCUGCUCAACUUCAGCAGCACCUCCAGGAAACUCUUCGUUUUCAUCCAUGCAGCAGCUAUCAUCACGGGGGUCUACUGCGUUGUCUCGGCCAUGGUGUCCAUGAUUUGUAUCAAUAGCGCCUCUAUGAACCAACGCUGCUCCCGCAACCAGGUCAUCCUGAUAUGCGGCCUGCUCAACUCCGUCGGCGACCUCGUCGUCCUCAUCCUGCCGUUCAUCAUCCUGCGCCCGCUCCACACCACGCCGAUGCGUAAAGUUUCCAUUUUGAUGGUCCUGCUCUCAGGAGGGUUCGUCGUCGGCGUGAGCGUCUACCGCUUCCUGCACUCCCUGUUCAUGGCGAUCAACAUCGACAGCGAUUUGGACUCGUGGCUCGAAGACGAAACGUGGUUCGCCAUCGAGCUCUGCUCCAGCAUCGCCUGCGCGUGUUUGCCCUUCAUCACGCCCUUUGCUAGGCACUGCAGACUGGAGUGGCGGAGAGGUGCCAGGACCAAGAUCAGCGACGAAGCCCCGGCGUACCGCGGCGGGCGGCUGUCUCGCAGACCCAGCCAGCCGCAUCAGCCAGCCCACGAUGCCAUCUCCAAGGCCACUAUGGAGGGCCUCGACAGCUCCUACCACGGAAGAAUCAAGUCGUGUUAG